AUGGCGCUAAAUUGGGUCUCUAGCACGCGUAAUGGAUCCGAGAUCACAAGUGGCGCGGCAGCGGUCCUGCGUAAGCACAUUGAGACAAUACACUGUGGCCAGAACCAGUACUGGGGUCUCUACGUGGUGGGUUACGAGGAAUCUGUGGCCUGGUUAUAUGAGGGGCCCGACGCUACGAAGAGUGAGAAUGAGAUCGAUGAAGAAGAGGAAAUUCUCUGUAAGAUUGAGGAGCUUCUGCAUAGACUACGAGAAGUCAAGCGCCGCAGAUAG